AUGAACCGAUAUCGUACACUUCUCGGCCUGGGGCCGCAAAGAGCCACCACCAACACCGUUUGCCAGAAAUGUCUCAAGAAGGAUAAGUUCUGCCACCUUCGGUGCUGUGACGUCUCUCUAACCGGCCCUGUACGCCAUUACAGCUACGAGUGCAAAGCAAGCGUACAAGAACGACCAUAUGCCUCAAGACCGUCGAGGACGCAGCAGCUGUCCAACCCAAAAUUAGUGCCAAAGCUCGCGAGCGAUACACCAAACAAUCUGCUUAACAGCAAAGGGGUGGCGGAUCAGCAGCUGGCUGAGGUCAAUGCAAGACGAUCCAAACGCGAGGUGCCGCGCGAGGGACCUCGGUCAUCCACACCAGACUCUCCCCGACAAAGUUCAGAUUCAGAUUCAAUAUCGACUGUAUCGACGAACAGGUCCCGGCCUCUAUCGCGCAGCCGGUCAAGAGGACAAGGAGACAGGUUUCCGACAAGCGGUCAUGCAGACCGAGACCGCUCAACCACCCCAGAUGCACCGCGGAAACGAAGACACCGCUCCAUCUCCAGUUCUUAUUCUCGAUCACCCCGGUCACCCCGCCGAGAGCCCGGGUCGCACCGCAAAAGCCGACGUUACCGCACCAUCAGCCCCGUCAACCGUGGUAGGCCAAGUUCCAUGCGCCGCGGAAGCCAUCGCAGCCGUAGUAACAGCCCAAGUAUGGACAAGAGCCAGAUCACCAGACAGAGGAAGUCGUUUGACGGUGAAGAUAUCCAUGAUAGGCCACGUGGGAGACGGGAUGGCGACGACGAAAAGCGCCCAAUGCCUCAAUUCGACUUCCCCUCGGGGGCCGGAGAACAGAGGAGGGAGAGGAAGCAAAGAAGUCCAAGUCCGUAUAGCAAGAGGCUAGCGCUGACGCAGGCCAUGAACAUGUAA